AGUUUGUAACUUUCAGCUGGAAGCUACAACAUGCGUCUAUGGAAUCUGUCUUGGUUUCUGUUCUUUGACUCUCUUCUCGUGAUUUCUGGCUUGCAAACUCCAGAAAGCUUUGAUAUAGAUGGUGGAAUUGACCAAGACAUAUUUGAUAUCAAUGAAGGUUUGGGUCUGGAUCUUUUUGAGGGAGACAUCAGGCUUGAUGGGGUACAAGAUAGAAAUUCCAUUAUCGGAGAAAACUACAGAUGGCCUCACACCAUUCCUUAUGUUCUAGAAGAUAGCUUGGAAAUGAAUGCUAAGGGAGUUAUCCUCAAUGCAUUUGAACGCUAUCGCCUAAAAACGUGUAUUGACUUCAAGCCUUGGACUGGAGAAGCUAACUAUAUAUCAGUGUUCAAAGGCAGUGGGUGCUGGUCUUCCGUGGGAAAUAGGCAUGUUGGGAGGCAAGAACUUUCCAUCGGGGCAAACUGUGACCGAAUAGCCACGAUUCAACAUGAGUUCCUGCACGCACUGGGAUUCUGGCACGAGCAGUCACGUUCUGAUCGGGAUGACUAUGUCAGAAUAAUUUGGGAAAGAAUUCAGUCAGGCAAGGAGCACAAUUUUAACACCUAUGAUGAUAAAGUAUCAGAUUCUCUGAACGUUCCCUAUGACUAUACCUCGGUGAUGCACUACAGUAAAACCGCAUUCCGAAAUGGAACUGAGCCGACCAUUGUAACAAGAAUCUCAGACUUCGAGGAUGUGAUCGGCCAACGCAUGGAUUUCAGUGACUAUGAUCUCCUCAAGCUGAACCGACUGUAUAACUGCUCCUCUUCCUUGAGUUUCAUGGACUCAUGUGAUUUUGAACUGGAAAAUGUGUGCGGUAUGAUCCAAGGUUCCGGAGAUAAUACUGACUGGCAACGCAUUUCUCGGGCUCCUGGGGGGCCAGAGAGCGAUCACUCCAACAUGGGCCAGUGCCAAGGUUCUGGAUUCUUCAUGCAUUUUGACAGUAGCUCUGUAAAUAUGGGCGCUACAGCAGUGCUGGAAAGCAGAAUGCUAUACCCCAAGAGAGGAUUUCAGUGCUUGCAAUUUUAUUUAUAUAACAGUGGAAGUGGAAGUGACCAACUGAACAUCUACAUCAGGGAGUAUUCUGCAGACAAUGUGAAUGGCAGUUUAAACCUCGUGGAAGAAUUAAAAGAUAUACCCACUGGGAACUGGCAACUUUACCACGUGACACUGAAAGUGACCAACAAGUUUAGAGUGGUGUUUGAAGGACAUAGAGGCUCUGGCGCAUCACUGGGUGGUCUAUCUAUUGAUGACAUCAAUCUUUCGGAGACACGGUGCCCUCAUCACAUCUGGCACAUAAGGAAUUUCACACAGCUCAUUGGCAGCCCAGAAGGAAUACUCUAUAGCCCUGCAUUUUACUCUUCUAAAGGUUAUGCCUUUCAGAUUCACUUGAAUCUAAGCCAUUUGACUGAUGCAGGGAUAUAUUUCCACUUGAUCUCUGGAGCCAAUGAUGAUCAAUUACAGUGGCCAUGUCCUUGGCAACAAGCCACGAUGACACUCUUGGAUCAAAAUCCUGACAUUCGACAACGUAUGUCCAACCAGCGGAGCGUAACUACAGACCCAUUCAUGACCACUGAUAAUGGAAGCUAUUUUUGGGACAGGCCUUCCAAAGUGGGAACAGUGGCUUUCUUCCCUAAUGGAACUGAGUUUAGAAGAGGUAGGGGCUAUGGAACCAGCACCUUUAUAACCCAUGAAAGACUGAAAAGCAGAAAUUUUAUCAAAGGAAAUGAUGUUUUCAUCCUGCUGACCGUGGAAGACAUCUCUCACCUUAACUCUACACAAGACCCGUCAGUACCAACCCCUGGCAUCAAAGACCUCUGCUCAGAAAUCACCUGUCAGAACGAUGGCAUCUGUGCUGUUCAAGAUGACAAAGCUGUGUGCAGGUGCCCAGUUGGGGAAGACUGGUGGUAUAUGGGAGAGAGGUGUGAAAAGCGAGGCUCCACCCGGGACACCAUUGUCAUCGCAGUUUCUUCUACGGUCACUGUGUUUGCCCUGAUGCUGAUCAUCACCCUUGUCAGUGUCUAUUGUACCAGGAAAAAAUAUCGUCAAAGGACAAGUUCAAAUGCAGUAAAUAAGACUCUGGAAAAUGAGUAUGCUUUUUGAAGAUUAACUCAACAAUACAGCCAGCAAGGGAAAUUGAAAAGGAUUCUUCGUCAUGGAUUUCAUCAAAGCUGUAUCGCAACCACCUCAUUCUUCUAAAA